AUGACUGAGAAGUUGCUGAGCAAUGUGGUUGCUUUUGAGCAAUGUCACUAUCCUUCUAAGCACUACGUGACCGAUUACGUAGUCCUCUUGCCUUUUCUUAUCCAAUCAGGGAAAGACGUCGAGAUUCUUGCUAAAAAGGGGAUUAUGGAGAGUUAUCUUGAUAAUGAUGCAGCGGCUUCCAUGCUUAGUAAUCUACGCAAGAAUGUUCUUGAAACAAGUGUCAAUCGUGAUUAUGCAUCUUUACAUGAAGGGUUACAUGAGUUUUAUAAUGAUCAUCGUCACGAGUAUAAAGCAAUCUUUUACGUGAAUAUUGGAGCACUCCCUGGAAAAAAGCUUCUACUUUUUGCUGCAGUUCUACUACUUUUUCUCACUUUUAUCCAAACAAUAAGUUCUAUCAUCCCUUUGUUUAACAAGUAG